AUGCCUCGUCCAAAAAAAAAGAAUGUGAAUGAGGAACAAGUCCCUGUGGAGGAUAAAGAACCUCAAGAAAUGACAGUUACUUCAGAUGUGAAUUUCAACAACUUGCUCAAAUGGCAUGACAUUGUUGACAAACCCGCUCGUCGUACAUACACAAAGACAUCGAGAACUACAGAAUGGAGGAGACGAAAGGCAAAAGAGGCAUUGACUGCUCAAGGAAAUCAACAAAUAGACCAACACUUUCUUAUUAAAGACCAACAGGAAACCGCAGACCAAUCGACCGAAAGUAUCGAUAAACAACCCAAAGGGCCACCUAUUGACAAGCUUGCCGCAAUCAAGCUUGCCCACCAGGAUAUCAUAAAGGAAAUCACUCCAUACACUCGUAUAGGUCCUGCUUCUCGGGCAAAAAUAACCAUAUAUGAGCUCUGCAAGCUUUCAUCAGUCGAGCGCUUUUUUCGGCACAGAAUAGCAGGCGAUAAGAAAAUGAAAGCAUCCGAAAAAGCAUCGGCUGAGGUCUGGCUAAACGAAAGCACUUACCGCCCAGCUUUAAUCAGAAAAUAUGCAGAUGAAUACAUUGAGUUUCGAUCAAUUAAAUCACCCUAA